UCAAGAACGCGGUGUUGAAAUAUACAAAUUAAAUUUUCAUGUUGUGGACGAACUACGGUAUAAAUCAAUAAAUAUAUUUAUCGAGGCUGUUUGAACACCAAGCGUUUUACACAUCAAUAUUAUCAAAAAUGAAUCCAACAUGGGUAUUUGCAGUUUUGUUGAUCACACACAGCGUGUACGGAGUAAGUCUAGUCGAGUCGAAUAUCAAAAAAAAAAAAAAAAAUGUACAAGUAUUUUUAUAUUGCAUUAUGAUUCCAGACAGAAGGUGAACAAAAUCAACAGACAUUAACAAGCUCGCUAUUAGAAGCAAACGGUUCUAAUAGUCCAACAGAUGGUUCUGCAAACGUAAAACACUGUUUAAAAAUUUACAUACUGGAUGUUUCUGAAUAAUGUACCUCUAUUAGUAUUAUUAUACUCAGGAUGGGGAGGGGGAAUAGAGCAAUGUCGAAUAGGUUCAGAAAGGAAUCAUUCAGUUUAAGUAAAAAUCGUGAAAUAUCUUAGGUUUUGAAGCUAGAAAGCACAAAAUGCCAAUCAUUUUAUUAUUGAAGUAAAUCCUAGAGUAUGAUAAUGCUAGUAGUGACACAUUAUUCAGAAACACCCUGUCACCCACAGUUCCCUUACAGCCUUCUAAGUCUAUCCGGGAUACUUAGUUUGCCCAAAUCCAAACCCAUCUUUGAGAUUUUUAUCAUUUUUUUUUUUUUUCAAAAUCGAGUCCUUAUUUAUAUAUGUAUAAAUAUAUAUUUAGAUACAUAUGUGUAGGUAUUUAUAUUGUAUUAUAAUCUGCAUGAAUUAUGGAAUAAUUUAUUAAUUGAAUUAAUUUUAUGUGAUAAAAAUGCGUUUACAGAUCGGCGCCAAAGUGAUCAGCACACCAAAUGAAGUAAAAUCAACAUCACUGGUAGGAAACGACGUCUCGAAGGCUAGUAGUUCGGGAACGGCAAGCGGUCCCGACAUUUCGGGUUCUACCGCUCCGGUCGUACAACCGUCCGUUUCUCGUCAAAAGCAAAAGAUUUAUGCACAGAAAAACAAACAUAAUUCAUUACCUAACAAAAAUGGUAGAUCAAACCACUCUGGGCACCACACGGCACAAUCCGGUAGUAGAGCAAAAUUGUCUAAAUCUAGACAGCAAUCUAAAAUAAUCCAGAACGCUAAUCCGGAAGUAGACCACAUACAACAAAUAUAAAAAAAAAAAAAAAAAAUAAUAAUUUCGCUUAAGUUAAACCAACCAAAAUAGUCUAAUAUAUUGUAUCGCCAUGUGUUUUAAAAGAAAAAAUAAUACCUUUGUAACAAUUAUGUUUAUUUUAAAAUAAAAGCAUUACCUACAUACAAUUAUCAG